AGCGUCGACAAGCCGAUGGCCGCAGAAUCGGCCGCAGCCAUGCAGCAGGCCGAGCUCUUCGCCCUGGAGCGGCAGCGGUUGCUGAGGUCCUUGGAGCAACAGCACGCGCGGCUCCAGAGCCAGGUCUUGGCCACCCUCGAGAGGCUGGAGCUGGGGGCGAGCAAACGCCUGGAGGCGGACAGUGAUGCGGACUACGCGUCGCCCUUGGAAGAGGAGAUGAUGGGAGCGCCCUCCGAUGCGAGCAGGGCGGAGCCUUUGGGGCUGUCCAAGACGAACGGAAGGUCCGGCUCGGCGACGGAGGCCUCGGAGGUGGCGGAGAAGCGGCUCGGAUCCACGGGAUCCACAGGGGCCCUGGAGUUGGCGCUG